AUGGGAGGUGAGGAGGUUGGAGUGAAUCUCGACGAUCGCUAUCAUCUCGUCAGAUUCCUCCCAAGAGUUCAUCAAUUAAGAGAUCUUUCCCUAAAGAUUGAUCAAGUGACAACCCUUCAAAUAAUCAAUAAAUUGUUUAAACCAAAAGUCUCAACAAUGUUUUGCUUGAAGUUUAAACAAUUUAAGGAUCCAUUUGAGAAAUCUUUUCUUCAAGAGAUGUCUCAUCAACUCAGGAAUUGCUCAUCAUUUUUCACUGAACAAAUCGACUUAUUUUGGGAGUCACUCUCGCAAACGUCCAUUAAGAUCUUGAUCGCAUGUAAAUGGUUUUGGGAGGAUUAUGUGAACGACGUACGCUAUAUUCUCAAUCAUCUGAAUCGACAAGAGAAAAGGGUUCUAAUGGUGAUCGGCGGCCUAAUGGGUUUUGAGGAUUUGAAUGGAAUCCAAGCAUUGGCAAUCAUACGGCGACUUGUUAAUGAGAGAUUUGCGCCAGAAGAAGUGAACAGUGAAUCGACUGAGGGAAAUUGUUUGCUCGAUUCGAUCAAAUCCUACCUCUCAGCGAAUCAUUUAAUCACUCUAUUCAAUGAUUUCAAUUUGGAAACCCUCGAAUGCGUGACUCUCUUUAAAAAUGGCGAUUUUGUUUUUCUCGUCUCGUAUUUUCGUAAUCAAUCAUUAUUAUUCUUAGUGGUUCCAAAGAACCAC